AGCAACAUAGCUUAUCGCAUGUAGAAAAGUCCGCCAUGUUUAGAAUUCGCGACAACUAAUCUGGUUGAAAGUGCUUGCUCUUGUCCUGGUGUAAACAAUAAGCUCGCUGCCUUGUGAAAAGAAUAUAGUUGUGAUAUAGUUAAACGAACGUUUUUGUUUGUGCAACUAUGUAUUAUGUUAAGUUAGUUCUUUGAAAAUGUAUUGCUCAGAACAAUUUCGAAUGGUAGUAUGGUGUCUGAGUAUGUAUCAUUCUUCCCAUCAAGUUUCUGUAGUGUUGCAUUAAAUAUUUUUGUUAAAACUUUGUUGUAAAAUGUUGGUGAAUAAUAUCAUGAAAAAUCGCGUAUGGUUCUGUUUCAUUGUUGGUGCACGUAUUUCCUCGGAGCACAAUUACGUAGACAACGCACGGUUCAUAGAAUUACCAAAAGAAAACGAUAGUUUAACUUUUCCUGCUCCCUAUAAUCCGUUUGUCGGUCCGAAAACAUCUAAAGAACUCAAUAUUAAUUCGACGUGUUUAACAAACGACACAAGUUUAGCAGCAGCUACCAAUAAUGAUACCUCAAAAUAUGAACACCAGAUAGUCGUCAAUAAUCCUACUGCACACAAAAAAAGAAAAAAAUCCUACUCCUCUUGCGUACAAGGAACUUGAGGACUUACGCGUAAUGUUUGACGAGUUUUGUGUCUCAUUAACUGCUCAGGUGAUUUCAAGGUGAUCAAUAACCGCAUGGACCAAAUUGACACUAAAAUGGAUAACGUUUUAAAGAAUACAGCACGUUCUAGAUUCAUAUCAGAAGAACUGAUUACGAUGACUCGUCCUCGCGAAGGUUUACUUCCCAGGACGGAAUUUGAAGUGAAUCAGAUUAAUUCUGAAGAAGAAUUGAAAACCUUCGAUGUUAAAAACUAAAUAAUGAUUCAGAUUUCAAGCGAAAGGUAGUUAGAUGGAUGCAACUGCAAAUCACACGCAAUGAUGUGGAUAAUCGUUUACACGAUGCGAUAGAUUUAUUAUUUACAAAAACAUUCUUUGCGCAAAUGAAUUGGUCCGGUAUAAGCAAAACAUGUAAUGUAACUAAAACAGGUUUACGUAAUUAUAAGAAUAUUCUACAAUUAUUUGUAGAAAUAGGGAGCACAAAUUCAUUAACACCGGCUAUUAAUUAUGUUGCUUUAUACUUACAAAAAAAAUUAAGACAUGCUGCUGAACGUAUACAUAUUGACAAUACGAAGCGAACGUCAAGCCGUACCGCAAAACGUAA